AUGAAUCAGCAACUAUUCAAUUAUAUACAAUGGAAUGGGUGCCAAGUGAUAAAUCAUUCCAUAGAAGAUCGUGAUCAACUCGUACCGUAUUUUUCUUAUCUUAAACUGAUGUUAACGGCACUUUGGAAAUUGAAGCCUACCAAAAAAGCUGUGUGGCGUGGUGUGAAGGGUAAUAUGAGUGUUCAUUAUCCAGUUGGCGAAAAUGUGAUUUGGUGGGGAUUCAGUUCAUGCACAGAGCUAAUUGACGUUCUGGAAAAUGAAAAAUUUCUUGGAAAGACAGAUGUUCGAACCCUAUUUACCAUUCCUGCCACACAAUUUCGAGUCACUGGCCGAAUUAAUCCAGCAAAUGCUUUGAAUAUCAUUCGUCUAGUUGAAAUCGAUCCGACAUAUCCUUUGCUUCAAUCACCGUUUUCUUAG